AUGGGUGAUUCCAUUCUAGUGGAAGGAUUGCCGGUGGGAAAUAUCUUUAGCUUCUUUUGGAAUAUGAUGGUGAGUGCAAGUUUCCAGUUGGUGGGGUUCAUGUUGACGUAUUUAUUACAUACAACACAUGCAGCCAAGGAUGGCGCGAGGGCUGGAUUAGGAAUUUCUUUAAUACAGUAUGGAUUCUACGUGCGUAGCAGAGGUACGUUAGAUGAAGACUUUGACUAUGAUGGAGAAGGACAUGAGACAGGACAAGAUGCAACACAAGCAGAAAUUGUUGCGUACUUGAUGAUGUUUGUUGGUUGGUUUAUUAUUUUAAGAGCUUUUUCAGAUUAUAAUAAGGCCCGAAAAAUGGAACGCAUUAUUACCGCAGAACCCGAUGCCGAUGCUAUGAUUUAA